ACAGGUCAAAUUAAAGGGUCUACUAAACCCGGACCCGAGGGAGUAGGUGGAAUGGUUGAUGCGCUCCCCGCGGUUGCCAUCCUAGCUGAACGCGGCGAACAGCACGCCCAACGGUGCCGCCGCCGCCGCCGCCUUCGAAGCCCCCGCCCUCGUGAUGGAACCCUCGUUCGAUGACGUCCCCGAGGUCGUCGGCUGGAUGUCGUCGAUGGUCGACCGCGGCGGCCGCGCGAGCCAGGAGAGCCACCGGCUGUUCCUGGCGCGGCGCACGGCGCUCGAGAUGCUGCGGGACCGCGGGUACAGCGUGCCGGAGUCCGAGCUCGCCCGCACGCUCCCGGAGUUCCGUGCGUGGUGGGCUCCGGAGCCCGAGGUCGAGCGCCUCACCUUUUCCACCUUCCUCGCCUCCGACCAUUCCGACAAGGUGAAAAUUCUAUUCUGUGGACCAGAACCUGUCAAAAUCGCAACUAUCCAGGAGAUAUAUGACCAGAUCGAAGGAGAGAACUUGUCCAGACUUAUUUUGAUAUUGCAGGGAAAGAUAAUGCCUAGAGCUAAAGAGUCUGUUAAGGAGAAAUUCACAUUUAAAGUAGAUAUUUUUCAGGUCAAUGAGUUACUGGUUAACAUUAGUAAGCAUGCCCUGAAGCCCAAGCAUGAAGUGUUGACUGCAGAAGAAAAGGCCAGGCUCCUGAAGAAGUACAAUGUGCAGGAUUCACAGCUCCCUCGCAUGCUAGAGACCGAUCCUGUUGCUCGCUACUAUGGCCUCGGCAAGGGAACCGUGCUUAAAGUUACAUAUGACAGUGAGCUUACUGGGAACCAUGUGACAUACCGAUGUAUUUUCUGAGGGCUGCAUGUGUUUCCAUGGAUGAAAGGUGUAGCAAGCUGUUUGUAAAAUCGUGUUAGCUCUAUGCUGAUUCAUUGGCCUGAAGGUAUUUGGGACUUCAGGCGUGUUACACCGAGCAUGGUCGACUGGAUUCAAGCCGUAUCCGUUUACUAGAGCUAGCAUAGGUUUUACAUACAAAUCAGAUGUCAGAAACCUGAUUAAGAUGAAGAACCAAGAAAGGAAAAAAGAUUGACUGUCAAACAAUCUUUCUUCAGCUAACAACUGUGGUUUGGUCUGCUUGUCUUGGGUAAAAUUUCGUCAUCUGCCGCCUUUCUCUUGCGGAUGUUGCUGCUAUCACCAGUGCUGUUAUCUGUGGGGUUACUGCUGCUGAUGGUAUCGCUGCUGCUGUUGUUUGUGGGGUUACUGCCGCUAAUGGUGACGGUAUCGCUGCUGCUGCUGUUGUUUGUGAGGUUGGUCUCGCUGUUGCUUAGCAGGUCUUCGUCCUGGUGGCAGUGCUCCUUGCAUCUGCUUUUCAUUAUGUGGGGCUUGAGCUUGCUCAUGUCUGAUAGCCGUACUGGUUUUAGGAAGAACUCAUUUGCUCCUUCCUCCAGGCAUCUGAUUCAGAACAAACAAAACCGUAAUUGUCAGAGUUCAUUCUAAGAUCCUACUAUAUUUCUUUACAGCUUUAUUUAUGUCCAUAUAUUUGGGUUUUUA